UACAGUUAUAAGGAAACGUUAAUUUUCCUUCUAUAGUUCUAAGAACCACUUUUCUGGAACGUGUAGUAUUAAGACAUCCUCUCUCAUAAAGUAAGCAUGUAAUUAUGAAAAUUUUAUUAGUUAUUGAUUUUGAAAGUGGUUUCUAUAUAUUUGACAUAAUACAUGACCAUUCGCGAGUGUAAUAACGUGUAUUGGAAACCCGUUUCUACAAAUAUGUCAGAUUUGUUCUUGAAUGUACUAUUGUACAGUACUGAGGAAAAUAGAAGUAAAUGAAGGUAGAAAUUGUUUUGAAAAAGGUCACCUAUAAUUAUUUUCCCCUCCACUCGACGUGUAAUCAUAUCAUGACGUGCUGCCGCACGCGCAGUAUCAGUCAGGUGGCGAAAGAGAAAGGAAAGGGGAGAAUUAAUUAUUCCCUGAUUUUCUCUGUCGUACUAGUGUAACGGAUAAAUAGUUGAAAUAAUAUUACAAUAAUAUGUGAUCACAACAAUGUUUUCGGAAUGCAGUUAAUUGUGUCGUUCGUAUAAGUCGAUUUCAAAAACAAGAUAAAGGAACGCACGUUUGACAUUCUUCCAGUAUGACUUGAACGCACAGCGUACAUGCAUGAUUUUAAUAAAAAGUGUGUUAAGAUAUACAUGUCAUUAACAGUUGCUUACAACAAUACAUUUACUGCAUCGAUGAGUUCAAGUACGUGCUAAUAACGCUAAUUGACGGCUAAUUGGUUGCAAUAUACAUGCCUCGUAAACGAAGAAAAAAGCCACUUGCAUAAAAGUAUGACAGAAAUACGAAAAUUAAUACGAUAAAGCGAUUAGUUUAUCGAGCUUCUGCUUUUGUAAUUAAAAGCAAAGUGUACACGAUGGCACCCACGAGAGAUAAAUGGGUGAGGCGUUUUAUUAUUCCUGAAACAACAAGGCACAAGAAAGGGUUUACUAUUUACAAAGUUACAUCUGUGGUAUUUUUAAAAAGUUCUCAUGAAGAAAUUUCUAAAGUAUCUGUAUGGAAACGUUAUAAUGACUUCAAGAAGCUUCAUUCAGAAUUAAGUAUUUUGUGCUCAAGAUCUCAAAUUAAAGAAGCCUUCCCAUUAUUUCCGAAGCCAAAGUUUUUUGGCAGGUUUGAAACAGAAGUUAUCGAAGAAAGAAGAGAAUGUGCAUUAAAGUUUUUAGAAUUUAUAGGAAGACAUUCAUACUUAUAUUCUAGUGAUAUUUUCAUAAAGUUCUUUGAAACUAGUCACGCGGAUUACUGUUUAAAUGACUGCUCGCAAUCUCUUAGUUCUGAUACGUCGGCAGAGGAUGAUCAUCAUGCUUGUAUAAAUUCUGUGCCUCCUAAUGGUAUUGUUUCCAAAAAUAUUCUUCAACCUAAAAGUAUUCAAGCUCCAUUGAUUAAUCCACCCAUUCCAAAGGAUGAAAUAAAUCAACCACAAGACACUUGGAAAUCUAAAGAACAAUUUUCACAACUAAAUGAUUUAGAGAAUGAAAGAUCCAUAAAAGAAAGUACAUGUAAUAGUUUUCUUGUAAAAGAUGAUAGCUUAAAUAAAAUUACAUCUAAAUUAGAGGAUAAUCAAUUAGUUUUUAAUAAAAAUAACAAUUUGUACAAAGAUAAAAAUCAUAAUGUUAAGAAUGGAAAGGAUUCUACAGUUGUUCAAACAUCAAGUAAUAAUGUUACUGUUGAUUCUACUCCCGAAGAGUUAAAUUUUUCAAUAAUAGCACACGAUGGUUCUGACCUACCACAGUCAUGGCCAGAAUCCUCACAAUACAUUUUAGUUGCAGCCGCACAUAUGAGCGCAGCAUUUAGGCACGAAGAUCUUAUGGAAUACGAAGAAGCAUUUACUCAGUACAAAAUGGGAAUCUCUAGUCUACGAUCUGGUGUUGAAUCUGAUUCAAAUAAAAUAAGAGCAGGCAUAAUAAAAGAUAAAAUAUCAAAAUAUUUAGAACGUGCAGAGAAGCUGUAUAAUAGAUAUUUAAAUUGCAAUGUUUCAUUGCUGAGUAAACCUAUAUCGGAACUUCAGUAUUACAAAGUUCUAAAAGUUAUGAAGUCAGUGAUGCUUGUAAAAGAUAUUCGCCAAAAUUGCCUCAACAUUGUAAAAACUGUAGAAAAGUUGUCCACAAAUAAAGAGAAUAUAAGUGACUAUAUAUUGCGUGGUCAAAUACCAUACAUGGUACGUUUACAUGCGUGUGUUGAGACAGAAACAACGAUAUUUCUGAUUUUACAGCAUCUGAAUCGCGGAAAAUUGUGGGAUUUUAUAACAUCGCAUUACAAUACUAAUAAUAAUAAAAUAAUUACGGGAAAUACUGUUGCAGAAACAAUUGAUGAUAAUAACGUUAUUUUAAGAAAAAGUGACGUACAGAAUGAUAUUAAAAACAGUAUCAUAAAGAAAAAUUCGAACUUUAUAAGUACAAAUCCAAAAGUACAAAUGGAAGAAGUACAUUCAGUAAUAGAUGAAAACUAUAGUGAUGUAUCUACUACCCAAUUAUUAGAGAAAGCACAAAUAUUGUUGCAGUCGGUUAACGCAACUUUGAAAGAAAGUAAUUCUGUUGUAAAUCGGUUAUGCGAAUCUGAUAGAUUGAUAAACCACCAAGGUAACACCUCGUUGUUGAAUCUUAAAAACAGUGUACACCGAUCUAAAAGUUGCAAAGAAAUACCUUUAGAUAUUAACGAUAUCUCGCUAAAAAUCGAUGACGUAAACGAUAACUUCAAAAAGCAAAAUAUAUCUGAAGAAAGUGUGAUAACUUCUAAUUAUUCAACGCUACGUAAUAUUAAGAAUACAAAGAGUCAAUGUAGUACCAAUAAUUCAUCCUUAAGCAAUAGUGAUAAAAAUCUAAAUUUUGAUGAGAGAGGGUCAAAUGAUUCUUCAACAGGUAAUUUAAAAACGAUCGAUACGUAUUUUGCAGUUGACUCCAAUUGCAUUGACAGUGUUGCAAAACAUGAAGUAAACGACACAAUAGAGAUCUGUAAUAAAACCGAAAUAAAUAAUUACUACGUACCGGAUGAUCAACAAAUACCGUACAGUGACAUGACAUUGUUGAUAGACUCAACGGAAAGCAACAAUGACGAUGAACAAGAGCUUUGGACAAUACCAGAAAAUGUAAUCCGUCUAUGGGCUGCUGAAAUACUCCUAGCACUGGAAGCAUUGCAUCAACAGAAAGUUAUAAUUUUCGAUUUAAAGCCUGAUAACAUAUUACUCGAUGAUAACGGGCAUGUGCAAUUAACGUACUUUAUACCUCGUCACGACGUAGAUCUGUUAAAAUAUAAAUAUCCGUACUCGUCUCCUGAAUUGUACACGUUUUCACCUAUAAUUCCCCUUACUCCAGCCACAGACAUUUGGAGCUUUGGAGUUAUUUUGUAUGAAUUAAUAGUAGGCAAUAAAUUUGAGGAGAAGCACCCAGGUGUAUUUCAACCACAUUCCAUGAUUAACAUUCCUGGAAAGCUUUCAGAAAAUGCAAAAUCCUUACUACUUAAUAUACUGAAGUAUGAACCAAAUGAGAGAAUGACAAUACCAGAGAUAAAAGAACAUCCAUUCUUUAAAGAUAUUAACUGGUCAAGUUUGGUAAAUACUUAAAGAUAUAAACGUUUCUUUCUUGUUUCAUUUUUAUAAAGUACAUUAGUAUUAGAAAAAUUCUAAAUAGUGGAUUCCUAUCAAAGUUUUGAAACGUUUUUUGUAAAGCAAAAUAUAAAUUUCGUUAAAAUUUCUGCAUACUUAAAGAAGAAAUAUAUUAUAAGUUUAUUAUCUAAUAG